CCCAAAUUUCGCUCUUCAUUUUUCUCACAACCCAUUUUAAGUAGAACAAAAGAACAGAGGGGAAUCUGCUUUGCACAGACUCAACUCAGCUCCUCUUCUUCUUCUUCUUCUUCUUCUUCUUCUUCUUCUUCUUUCAUAUUGUAAAAAUACCCAGAAGGGAAUAAUGAUCGUGGAAGAAGAAGCAGAGAGGAUGGAAGCCGGCGAUCUCCGAAGGUCUCUGAUAAACCAGAGAAAGCCGAUUAUAGACGACGACAUUGUUAGUGACGAAACCUCCAAAGCCACUUUCGCUGUUUACCUCGGCGCCCUCGUCGCCGUCUGCGGCUCCUUCACAUUCGGCUGUGCGAUGGGUUACUCGACGGCGGCGGAAUCUGGGAUCACGGAGGACUUGGGGCUCUCCGUUGCGGCUUUUUCGGUUUUUGGGUCAAGCUUGACACUUGGAGGAAUGAUGGGUGCAGUGUUUAGCGGCAAGAUUGCUGAUCUGAUUGGUCGCAAACAUACAUUGUGGUUCACUCAAGCCUUCUCUUCUAUUGGCUGGCUCUGCAUUUGCUUUUCCAAGGAUGUAUUGUGGCUGGAUUUCGGGAGAUUCUUCAUGGGAAUUGGAGUGGGUCUAAUUAGCUACGUGGUACCAAUUUACAUUGCUGAAAUAACACCCAAAGAUAUUCGAGGAGCACUUGUAUUUUCCAAUCAGUUGAUGCAGAAUUGCGGGUUUUCAUUUGUAUAUUUGCUCGGAAACUUGGUUCGAUGGCGGACGCUGGCACUGAUAUGUGUUAUUCCUUGUGGGUUGCAAUUUCUUGGCUUAUUCCUAAUUCAAGAAUCUCCGAGAUGGCUGGCAAAAGCUGGAAAAGAGAAGGAGUUCGAAUCUGCUUUACAGAAGCUUGGAGGGAAAAAUGCUGCUGAUAUUUCUCGAGAAGCAGAAGAGAUUAGGGAUAUAAUCGAAACAUUGGAGAUGAUUCAGAACCGGAAUCUUAUAUUUAUUUCAAAGAAAUAU